AUGCCGUUGAGUGCGUGCAUUGAGCCGGCGACUAAACAACGCGUGGCUGAGUGGGACAUGGGGAAGUUCCCGGAAGAGGUAACGGAUGCCGAAUGGGCGGCAUGGUUUACGCUGGGAUUUCAAGUUGACCCUCGGACACUGGAUUCCCUGAAGAAGCAAGUCAAGGCCUCGGUGGUUUUUGACAUGUCGAUCCCGGACGCAGAUUCUCGGAUCGGGCGAAUGUUGGACGGCAUGGCGGCCGCUUUACGCCGGUACCGCCAGGAGUGGGUUAUUAGAGAAGAAAGUGCUGCCAUCGUAAAGAUCUUUACGGAGGCGUUCAAGCCGGUGUCACUCCAUCGGGCAGUGACGGAGCAGAUGGCGCUGACGUGA